AUGUAAUGGAGCAACCACCGCCAUGCUCUGAAGAUGACCUAACCACGUCUUCGGAGACCACCACCGGCGACAAUCACCGAGAAGCCGGCAUUGUUCGAGGUGGUACAAGGCAUCCAGUUUUCCGAGGUGUCCGGAAACGACGUUGGGGCAAAUGGGUUUCGGAAAUUAGGGAACCAAGAAAAAAGUCACGUAUAUGGCUAGGUUCUUUUCCGGCGCCGGAGAUGGCGGCGAGGGCAUAUGAUGUUGCUGCAUACUGUCUGAAAGGACGUAAAGCACAGUUAAAUUUUCCAGACGAAAUCGAGCUCUUACCACGGCCUUCCUCAUGUAAAGCUAGGGAUAUUCAGGAGGCGGCAGCUAUGGCGGCAAAGGCGGUAGUGAUGGUGGAGAAGAAAGGCGGAGAAUUGGAUGGCGACGGUGGUGAUGACUUUUGGGGUGAAAUUGACCUGCCGGAGCUGAUAGAUGGUGGGAGAGAGGUUUGGUCUGAGAGUGUGAGUGAUUAUUAUUUGUCUGAGUUAGGGUAUUCCAAUUCUUGCGGUGGGCAUUUCCUUGGUGAUGCCACAUCCAUUUAUGAUGGAUAG